UUAUGUGGACAAAAUUAUAAAUAUAAAGACGGAGGAAGACAGACUGAUCAACAUUUAUGUAUGAACAUCGAUUAUCGACUGACCCGCGUAUUAUUAUACGGUAUUCAUGUUUUAUUAAAUAUUACUGCAAGCAAUCUAUUCAUUAUAAAUCGAUUACUCGUUCCAUUGCCUGUUAAACAAUUAUUUCAGGUACCUAUCUAUAUUUUAGGAAGUGUAAUUUAUUCAACAAAGUUUCAUCACAACGUGCUGAACAGUAGGAUACAGCAAUGGCUUCAAAAAGGUUGUAAGUAUAAACAUUUAAGUAUAAUAAGAUAAUAAUGUAAAGGUCUGAUAUUGGAGAAUAGAAGUGCCACUGUUGAAGGAUGGAAGUACGGAAGUAAGGUGGUAGGAAACACAAAGUUAUUUGAUUUAUAUCCAUACUUAAUGAUUAACCAUUACUAAAGAAAAACGACUAAGUACGAAUUCGGUUAUACAUGUUUUGAAUUGCCGCAUUUUAUACGAUUUUCGUAUAAAUUUGAUAUCGAAAAAGGAUUAUAAAUAAUAUUACAUACACCAUUACGUUCAUUUCUUUUCCACUAAGUGUAAAUUAUAAAUAAUAAUUAUCAAAUAUUACUCGUACAAUAAAUUGAAUCCUAAUAUGGCAUACAUAUUGUUGGCAAAGCAAUGUUAUCAAUUGAACUCUGCUUAGAGUCGUUUUUUUUUUUGUUAGAAAUGGUUAAUUGUUGCUUAACUAAAACAGUUGCUGCACCCACUUGCCAUGAUGCCCGGCUUUUUUUAAUAAUUAAAUUUACCUAUAGUUCAGAUUUGUUUGAUUUAUUAACUUAGUAUCAACACAUUUUUGAUUUUUUUUUACUAAAAACGUAAUAAAUUAAAAUUUGAAAAACGGGUAUUCAUAUAAAUAAUAAUUAUAAAACCAAUUUUAAGGAAGAGAUAUAUCCCCGAUUUCCCUAAUUUGCUCUUUAUAUACACCAUUGCCAUACAUAUUUAUUUACGGACAAUAAAUUCUAUUAAGUAUAAAGUAAUUGACUAAUUAAAUAAAAUUUUAUUUAGACAAUUUUCUAAAGUAACACAAUUGAAACUGGGAAAUAAAAUUUUAGAAGAUUAUGAAAGGGAAAACUGGAACCCGGAAAUGAAAGAAAUUCAUUCAAUGUUAAAACAAUCAGACUUUAAGGUAAGUGCCUAUCUAUUAAGUGUAGAUCAAUAUUUAUUGGAUAAUGUAUUAAUAUUAAAAGAAACUUUUAAUCAGCUUCCAUAUUUUUUAAACUUAAUUAAAAUUUAAAACAAUAAAUUAAAAUAUCACUAAAGUUUUAUCAAAUAUACAUUAGAAAUUUAUAUCUAUCAUUAACUAUUUAUUUUAUUUUGAUAAGUGUUAUAAUAUAUACUUAAUCCAUAAAAUCAUCAUAUUUAGGAAACAAUGUUUUCUUUUAAUAUAUACAUUAAUAUAUUCUAGUAAAAUUUUUUCUUUGUUUGUGAUCAUAGUUAGAUUAUUCAAUACUUAAGAUAAAUUUAGAUAUACUAAGUUAUACUUAUUGAAUAAUAGCAAAAUAACAAAAGUUGGGUAAAUUAGUGAAAAUAAUUAAUUGUGGCAAGUUAAGUUAAUUCAAAUGCCUUCAGUCAAAAUUAAUUUAUAGCUAUCAUAAACUAUCUAUUUUAUUUUUAUAAAAGUGUUAUAUAGCUAAAGUCUAUAAAAUCAUCAUAUUUAAGAAAAAAUAUUUUCUUAUAUACAUUAUAUAUUCUUGUAAAAUUGUUUGUGAUUAUACUAUCAUAGUUUGAUGAUACCUAAGAUAAAUUUGGGUAUACUUGUUGAAUAAUAGCAAAAUAAAAUAUGCAUGAAAUUUGGGUACGUAAUACUUAAUUCACUUAUAAGUAAAUAUAAAUAAUUUUACAGUAUAAAAUUGGGUAUUUUCGUACAUAUAAUAUGUAUUUUAUACAGUACCUACUAUAUAAUAUGUACUACAUAUAAUAUGAUGGAUGGGACACUGUUGUAGGUUUGAUGUUUGGAAGGUAGUAUAUAGAGAGGAAUUUAAUGUAUAUUUGUAUGCAACGAUUUCCAUCAAAAUUUGAUAUUUAAAUUCUUUUUUAAAAAAAUACUACAUUAAACUCUACUUUUUCUUAUUAGCCAAUGACCACGAAAUAUAACUUAUAAUGAACUUACUAUUAAAUUUUCAAGAACUUUUGCUUCAAUCCAUUUUAUCUACAGUGUAAGUACCUUUAAGUACAGUAAAAAGAGCUUGUAAGAGGUACAAAGUACGGUAAAAAUUUACAAAAUUAAAAUGUUUAUAAAUAGCUUGGUUUUGAAUAUUUGAAUAUUAUUUUUAUUCUCCAAACGUUUUUUUCCAAUUAUUAUGAAAACUGCUUAGGAAAUUAAAAAAUAACCUCCUCAAAGUACCAGCUAAAUAAAAUUCCUUUUCAGAAAAAGUACUGCACCUAAUAUAUCUAAGCAAGAUUUCUGGCCUCACUCGGGUCUCAGAAUUUAAAACUAAAAAUGACUAGAAGUAAAUAGGUAUGUACAAUAAAAAAAUCAUACAGAGUAUGAUUUGAUUUCAGGUUUUGGAUGUAGAAAAAAUAAAUAAUCCAUAUUUGUACGGUAUGUACUUAUUACAUAAAGAAGAAAUGAUAAAGAACUCAAAAAUAGUAAUAGAAGAUUUACUAUAUCAUUGUACUUCACCAUCGAAUGGGCUAAAAAUUGCCAGUAAAAACAUCGAUUGGCGGUUAACUUGUCGCACACGCUUUGGACAAGGGGCGUGUUUUUCAAAAUCUCCUCGAUAUGCACAUACGCAUGCUGGUUCAGAUGGAGGUAAACAAAUUAUUUAAACUUUUUAAUUAUUACUAAUUUGUAAUAUAUUUUUAUUUUGUAUACUUCUUUAGUUUUUGUUGUUUGCAAAGUUUUGAUGAGUGUAAUACAGAACUUAUAUCUGGCGAAUUACAAUUUAAAGAUACCCAGUGAUGGUUAUGAUACAACUUUGGGAAAUAAUGGUCAAGUAUAUGUUAAAUAUGAUGAUUUUACAUUUUAUCCUAAAUAUAUUAUCUAUUAUAAAUAAGUUUUAUUAAUAUGCUAACAGAUAACAAUAAAGUUUUAUCUUAUUUAAAAAUUAUCAGUAUCUUCCUAUAUAAUAAUUUUUUAAUUUUUUUGAAAACUUAUGCUUUAUAAUAGGUACAUUUAAUAUUUAAUUAUUCUAAUGUAUAUUUAAUUUUAUAAUUCAAAUUAAUAUUAAUUUUAAUUAAAUGUAUAGUUAAAUCAUUUUGUUUACAUUAAUCAAAC